CUUUCCCACUACCCUCAAACUUCCACCGAGUCUUGAAAUUUGGUCGAGAACGAAGACCCCAACACGUCAUCACGGACAAACUGCCAACGCGGACACUCCGACGACUAAAGAUGGCAGACAGACAGGAUCCAAAUCAGCCGCGGACGCUCAAGCAGAUCUGGGCUGAAGCCCAGGAAAAGCGCCUGGCUCUCGAGAACUCUAGCCCCAUUACAAACCCUUCAUACUCCGAUGACGUUCUCAGCGCAAUUCAAAUACAUGAAGAGAUUCUCAGGGCCAUUUCCCGCGUGUCGCUCUUUUCCCCAAACGAACCUCUUGACGAUAUUGCCACCCCGGACCUACCCUAUCUCCUCGCAAACUAUUACCUUGCCGAAAUACACCAGAAAACAACCGAGUCAGACCCUGCCCGCCGCCGCGCUGCCCUCUCCCGCGUCAGGGAAGCAUACGAGCGGUUUCUCGGGCUGCUCGACGCGUACGACGCCCUUCAAGGCCCCUACCGGACCCUCUACGAACGCUACACCGACGACCCGCUUUCCUUCUCCACCGUCACCUCCGCCGACCCAGCCCGGCGACGCGAUGCCAAAAUCGCCAAUUUCCGCGCCGAGAAACUGCUCAAGGACCGCCUGGCGACGCUGCGCCGCGACCCGCGCUACGCCGAGGCAGUCCACGGCGACGGCGACGGCGACGGAGACGGUGACCCCGCCAGCGGAGUCGACGACGAGAUCCUCCGCGAACUGUACCUGGCCGAAGUGUCGUUCGCCGCGCACAUGGCCUUCCAGGGGCUGGAGGGCCUAAACCGCGAGCUGGAGGUGCUGGCUGCGCAGGCGGCGCGCAUGCCGACCGCGUUGCUCCCGCAGCAGGCGGGUCAGAACGUAGAGGACGAUGCGAGGCGGCGGCUGCGGCGGGAAGAGCGCGACGGCGGCGCGGGGUACACGGACCGCGUGGAGGCGCCGCGGCGGUUGCAGAGUGUUGUGGGCGGCCCGCUCCUCUCCAGGACGGGGAAGCCGCUGCAGCCGUUCACGCUGGUGGGGUCGCGGCAGGAGAUGACGCGGAACGUGUUCCGGCCCGGCCACAACCUCCCGACCAUGAGCGUGGAGGAGUACCUUGAGGAGGAGAGGCGGAGGGGCGGCAUCAUCGAGGGCGGUGGCGCGUCCAGCUAUAACCGGCCCGAACCGGACGAGGAUGACGUGGAGAAGGCGGAUCAGGAGACGUACAAGGCCCGGGCGUGGGAUGAGUUUGUCGAGGCUAAUCCGAAGGGGUCGGGCAAUACUCUCAACCGGGGGUGAAAGGGAUAAAGAAAAUAAAACAAGAACAAAAGAAAAAGAAAGAAAAAGAAAAGGGGAGUCAACAAGUGUGCGGGAUUCUGGCAUAAUAGUUCAGGGACUGUGGAAAAACAAGGUUUACUGAUGAAUCUGAGAGACGACACUUGGUCUUGUAUAUAGCGGUGAGUAGCAGAAUACCCGACGGUUCAAACCUGGCGUUCAGGCUCUACGGCUCUUUUCAUCGAUGUAGUAGCAGGAGUAUUGGUCAGUAUAUGUGUGGUGUAUGUGUAUAGUCGUCCACUGAUUUAGCUACCCAUAUUGCACGCAGCGCUUAUCCUAAAUCCCCAAAAUUAACGCCCUUCCCUGGAGCUCAUAGCUGUCAGAUAGCAACAAAACCAUCAUCAUCAUCAUGAUCAUCAUAAUCGUCGUCGCCAUCCGAAUUAUACAUCCG